ACAUACUGCAACUAGGCUACUUUGCAAAUCUGUAUUGACUUGAAUGAAGACGAAAAACGUUCCUGAUCUAUUUUUAUUCAUCCUUACAGCUUCCAAUUGUUCACCAACAUUGAACAAAGACAAGGAAUGCCGCAAUCCAGCGGAAAAAUUUUGCAAUGUAUCGGGUGAAUGCAGAAAUUCUAAAUAUUCUUGCUUAUGUAUAAAUGAUAAACAUUUUGAUUGUAAUGACAAAAGGUGCGUUGACAAAGAGACUGGUUGCUCUGUUAAAAGUAUGUUUAACAGUAGAUAUAGAGGAAAAUGUAUUAGAGGCUACGAAUGGUGUUCCAGAAUUCUGCAUUGCGUAAAAAAAAACGACUACGAUCAACGCUGUAAGUCUAAUUAUAAAACUUAUAGUCAAGCUCCGAAAUGUGACAGCUUCAAGAAAAUAUGUAGUAGUGGACAACGAUUGUGUAUUGAUUCUGAUGAAUUCUGCCCCGAUGAGGGUUGUACUUAUAAUCUACGUAAGUGCGGAUAUAGAUGCUACGCUGACAGCGAAAUUUGCGAAUUGAAUUUACAGAGUCAGUGUGAUGGAUCAGCGGCAAUACGGUGUAACAGUGACAACAAUGUUCUUAUACUUUUUUACAUUAUUAUUCCCAUAUUAUUGAUUCUUUUGGCUGCCUAUGGGAUGUACCAAAAAUUCAUAAAAAGUGUCCGUCCGACAUCUUUGCCAUUCCUUAACUACGGCCUAGCAAACAUGCCAGCUUCAAACCGAGAUUCGAAUAUGGAUGUGGACUGUAGUGCAAGUUCAAGUGAUUCUCCGCCAAAGUACGAAGAUGUAGUCAAAGAAACCCAAACGAAUUAUUUACAUAACUUUAAAAAUGAAAGCAAAAACACUAAUUCCUCUGAAUAA